AUGGAUGAUCAGAUCUCAGAAAAAGCACAGGAUGUCAUUGAAAGACUUAGACAUGAACACAGUCCCGAUGGACAUUCAAAGGUCUCCUCCAUCGUCAGAAAUGCUCUUGAGAUACUCUCAACUGAGCUCUACGACACGUCGACCCACUUCUUACUGGAAUUGCUCCAGAAUGCCGACGACAAUGACUAUGCUCUGGGUGUGAUCCCCUGUUUGCAGUUCACUUACACCUCUGGCUUCCUCAGAGUAGACUGCAACGAAGUCGGGUUCAACAAGAAUAAUGUGGAGGCUAUUUGUAGCAUCCGCAGCAGUACCAAAAGCGGUCAAGAUCACGCCGGACGGACCGGCGAGAAGGGCAUCGGCUUCAAAAGCGUGUUCAAAGUCGCCGACGUGGUCUGGAUUCGCUCCCGCGAGUUCGCUUUCAAGUUCGACAAGGCUCGGCCCUUUGGUAUGAUCGCACCGGUCUGGGAGGAGUUUCCGGAACCUGUUCUCGAGAACCACACUUCGUUUCUGCUCCAACUAAAUGACGGCUGCGACGAGACCGAGCUCGUGGACGGCCUACUCAAGCUUGAUCAGGCCUGUCUCCUGUUCACAAGGCGUCUCAGGAAAAUCACCGUGAAGGUACAUCAAGGCAGUCAGAUGCAAACCAACAACAUGGGACGACGCGACGAGACUGACGCCAAUGGUCCGAUUACCGUUCUUACUGUGGGUGACCAGGUAUUCACAUACAUCAUUACCAGGAAACAGGUGAAGAACCUUCCGCACGAGCCCAAGCGACUGGGUUCGAAGACUUCAGAGCUUAUACUGGCUUUUCCCGCCAUGGAAGAUGCAGCAGACACAACCUUCAAGAUACAAAACGUGCACAAUGUGUUACCAAUUGGCAAAUACGGUCUGAAGUUUAUUAUACAAGGGGAUUUUCUUCUGACGACGAACCGGAGACACAUAGAUGCUUCAUCACCAUGGAAUAUCUCUCUCCGAGACGCUCUCGAGGACGCUUUCAUUGCAAGUGUGGAGCGUCUCAACUGUGGCUCCAUGAGAUUUUACUGGCCUGCUUUCAUCCUGGCAGAGCAGAUUAACUCAUUCUUCGAACCAUCAAGGGUCGCAAUACUCGAGAAACUUGCCAAAAUGCCUGUGAUAGAGUCAGUUUCUGGUACACUUGUUACCCCCUCCACGCUUCGGUGGGUAGAGGGACGCUAUGUCGACCGCGGCGACAGGCCUCUCACUCUAUGGGCUGGCACCAAUGACGUGUACCUAUCCCCAAAGUAUCCUAGCCACGUUCUUGAUGCGUUGUACCGUCUUGGUGUCAACAAACUAACUGAUAAGCGGUUUCUUGACGACUUGGAACAAAUGAUCGCGGAAGAUCAGUCGCGUUUCCAAGCACGAUACGAAGACUGGCACUCCGACCUAGCUCGAGCCUUGAUACCGUUGACAGAUGACGCGUACCUAAAAUCAAUCAUCCUUAGGCUUUCAAUUGUACCUCUCAUGAAUGGAAGGUGGGAGAAAGCCAGCUCUAGGCCACGCAUAUUUCCAGACGAUUCAGAUUUGGGCGACUUGCUGGUCUUGAAGUCGAUUCGUAUCGUUCAACCUGCAGCGACUAUCGACGCAGAUCGCAGACAUCUAUGGUCUUCCCUAGAUAUCCAGAAUAUCAGCAGACAUGAUAUCUGCCAGUAUAUUAUUGACGCCCACUCGCAGCCGGGAUCACACCCUAAGACCGUCGGGUGGACAAGGGCACAUCUUGUAGCUCAUGCCCGAUUUCUUUACUUGUCUAACUGGAGACUAACCAAGCCUUUGGAUCUUUGGGUCGAAAGCACAGACGGACUUCUUGAUCUAUCUUCUGGUGCAUAUCUUUUUGAAAGUUCCUACGAAGACGAAGCAGUCGACAGAAUUGUUCGCCAAGCACAGGAGCUCAAGACCUUCUUUGUUCUACACGAAGAUUACCGUUCCAUAACCACGCCUGAAGACGGUUCAAACUCUACAAGAUCUAGUGAUUCAGAUUUGAAUUACUUAUCUGACAAUGGAAGCGAGACUUCCGAAGAAGAACCAUGGUCGGAAGCCCCAGUACUCUAUUUGGAAGAUGUAGAGUGUUAUCUCAUCGGGCACGCCAGCGACGAACUUGGAGAGUUCCAGAGGUGGCGGAUACUUAGGUCUGACUGGGACGCUUCUCUGCAGAAGGCCAUUGGCUAUUCUGAUCGACCAAGGCCUAACGAUCAUGAUAAAUGGCAAUCUUUCUUGGGGGAGGUGCUGCAGGUGGCAAAGCUGCCGCGACUUGCGGUAACGUCACAAGAUCCCAAGGAUUCCGGUGCAUAUCGCAUGUCUAAAGAGUUUUAUGAUCUUUUCUCACGCUGCAAUGUUUCUGACGUACUCCAUCUCUUGAUAUCAAACUGGCACCAAUAUUCCAAUUUCAUCGAAAUAUCCGGUAUCGACAGUAAAGACAAGGAACAUAAGCUUCAGGAACUCCGGAAUGUUCUCUGGCCUACACCGAACCAUGAAAGCCCACAGCCCCACGACUAUAAACUCGCUGAUCGGAAUUCAAUGCUGUUGCGUGAUCUUCAACAGAUAUGUGUCAAGACCAGCAUCGGUUUAGCGCCUCUGCAUGCUUGCGUUCUUCCGGAUCUAGAUUCACGGUUUGAGGACGAUGCCGACAUUCGACUCCCAACACUGAAACUUGCGCAAUACAGUUCUGAAAUGAAAGCUCGACUGAAGCACUUAUCUAUAUCAGUUGAAGCUGAUGCUCGAUAUUAUUUCAAGUGUCUAUUCGCGUUGAAGGAAUCACAGAUACCGCCAUCGUACGAGAAAGUUUCGCAGAUAUAUGUAGAGAUUCAGUCUCGCUACGAGGUCGCAUUGGUUUUCAUAAGGAAAGUGUACCAUGAAAUGAAGGCUGUGUACCUUCUAAGCAAAACCGCGACAGCUGACAGCGCCAGGCCGCCUUCAUGGGUAAGCAUACCAGAGGCCAUGGCGAAGGGCGUUGAUCUCGUGUCCGAUUAUCCGACUUGCCAACACUUAUUUCGGUCUCUUUGCAAUCCAGAGAAUCUUCAGAUUGAUGCCCUUGUGAGAAGCGUGGCCUUGGUCCGUCCUUCGCAAACAGCGGAGGAUAUCAUCAAUGGCUUGAAAUCGGUCAGCCGGCAUCUGGCAGGGAUGGAGCCUAAGCAGGCGGCAGCAACUGUCAAACCGCUCAAGUUAAAGAAUAUUUUCCCCGUGUCUGACCAAACUGAGACCCUCAGCGCUCAGAAAUUCGAUCGUCUAGUCUGUGCGAAGGAUCUAUCUUGGUUCAUCAAUGACAAUAACGAAUUCAGCAACAGCUUCGCGGGACGAGUGCCGCUACUUACCAUCCCUCCGGCUACCGUCGCAUCAUUAGAAAAUCUUUUGGGUGCACUCAAACUGGGAUCGAGGAAGUUAUCGAAAGUAGUGAUCCAACAAUCCAUCCCGAAGGGACGGCAAACGUUUCUUGCAAAGAAAACGGCCUUCUUGCGAAGCCGGGCUCUCUUUAUCACAGUUUUAAUUCCCGAGUACUAUCUCAACCAGACAAAUGUCCGUAAACAGAUUGAGAACGUGUCCGCCGUUGCUGCAACAGAGGUAGCGAGAACAUACAGACUCGUCACUGUUGAGUCUGAAUUGAUAGUCAAUGGGACACCGGGGGAAGCUGCUGUACUCACCUCGACUAUAACCGAGUGUGCAAAUUGUUUGCAAGUCAGGGACACAAUUUCCCCUACUUCACAACAGCACAUGAUUCCCCUCUUGAAGCGCUUGGUCUAUGAACUAGAAACGUCUAUGGAAGACUUUGGAGACUCGAGUACGCGUCAAGGGGGCACUCGUUUCUUCAGAGAAGCUGUUUCUGCGCACGCAUUUCCUGUUUUCUCGCCCUACCUGAUUGUGAGGGACGGAUAUCACCACCUUCAGUAUAUCGGCGAGAGCUUGGUCUCCCAGAUGUUUCAAACCAAACUCGGACAGCUUUACGAGCCGACAGAAUGUUGGACCAGCAGCCUACGACCUCGAGCAGUGGCCAUGAUUCUAGACGAAUCUGAGGGCAGAUUUGCAUGGAACAAUUCGCAGAUUGAAAAGUCCAGGUGCUGUUCAUUCUCCUACCGGGAAGACACGAGCGACCUAAUGGCCCUUGUCAUGAUCCACGAUGUAUUCGCCGACCCGCAGUUCGAGUUUCUGAUUGAUCCUUGGCACUACUUCAAAUCCGGGAAAAUAAUGAUAUCAGAUACCAACAGGGCAGAAAUUAUCAAUACGGGCAGUAGAAGAGGCAAGACGAAGUUGCGCUCGGAGUCUUUGCUCGUCGUCGAGCCGUUAGGGUUGGAUCUAUAUCAACCACAACAUGCGUUUCAACAUCCGAAAACCGGAGGCCAGGACUGCGAGGGAUCCGCGAGAGCUUUGGAAAAUGCGUCAGCUGUCUCCUUGGAGACAUCAGCAUUAGCAGAGAAAGCAGGGUCACAGAAGCAAAGUCUACGAAAGUAUUGCUACCAACCAUUGGGUGAAGGAGAUAUGCGACUGUUCGUGCUAUUCCCAGGGGCGUAUGACGAACCAUUGCGUGGAGCUAUCUGCCACAUGCCAUUUUUUAACGCCGGCCCAUACAGAACGUUGUCAUAUGUAUGGGGCUUGGAUCAUCAAUCUGAGCGGAGUUUGGCCACGCCACAAGGAUUCUUGAAAAUCAAGACGUCCUUGGGCUCGGCUCUCCAAAGAAUUCGCCAGAGAAAGAAGGAGCUGGUUCUCUGGGUCGACUCGAUUUGCAUCAACCAGGAGGAUACUAAGGAGAAAGUACAGCAGAUCCUGCUUUUACCACGGAUUUUUCAAGGAGCAACAUGCACUUUGGCCAUUCUUGCUACAGAUGACAGGAGCGACCAAGCCGUGGAAAUAUUGCUGCAGAUAUCAGCGCUUGACCUCUACGGUUCAGACUUCUCUAGUUGGCCUAAAAACCUCGUCCGCCCUUGCGCGACAUGGGUGAAGAACGGGAUGCCAGAUUCCGAUUCCGCGUCUUGGCGAGAUGUGUCUUAUAUGUUUCAUCGCCCGUGGUUCAGGAGAGCUUGGAUUGUCCAAGAAUCAAUCGCAGCACGUACAGUACAGUUCGUCUGUGGAAAGUGGAUCAUUGAUUGGAACGACCUUCAUUGUGCAAUAGAGACUGCGGAUCGCAAAUUUGGCAUGUGCGCAUUCGCAGAGUCAUGGCAACCUUUCAUGAUCUUGACAGAGCACCGAGAAUGUGAAGCCACAUCACAACGCUGGCCGCUUUUCCGUCUUAUCCAGACAUUCAGGUACGUCAAGACGGGAAAGUACCAGCGAGACCGAUUCUUUGCGCUUUUAGGCUUGGCCUUAGACGGAGACAACCCACUCUUCGAGCCAGAUUAUGACAGUCCUUUGGAGGUGGUCAUUCGCCGCUUUGCGCAAGGUUUUGCGCAGGACGGCUACGGAAUGGAGCUUUUAUAUGCCGCUGGAUUAGACAAACAGGAAGGGGACAGCCGGUUGCCUUCAUGGGUACCAGACUGGACUGAAGAGGCAUCAGAUCGAGGUAAUUUCAGUUCGGCAGCGGGCCGUGGUGUGAUCUUCUCAGCAUCCGGGCUGCUUUCAAGUCGCAUUUGCUACCUCCAAGACCGGGAAGUACUGGAGGUGUGCGCAGUUUGUUGCGAUGUCAUUGACUGUGAGCUGGACUCGAUGAUUGAGGCGUGCAAACACUUCGACUUGGACCGCCAACAGCAGCUGAAAAAGACGGUCCCAAUAGCGGGAGCAUUGCACCCGGAAUCCGGAUCGUCAGCCCUAAUAAACAUCACAGAAUCCUACUCGGCAUAUCGAAGAGUGCUCAGAAAGGAUGAGCUCAAAGCCAGGAGUAUGCGUGGGACCGGCAAGAAAGCAAAGACACAGACAUCGUCUCGGCGCACCAGCUCUGAGCAGAGCCCUGCGAUCAUCGGCAUGCGUGAGAAAAGUAAAACCUACGCAUCGUUACUCGACGAGUACAUAGUGGGCUGGAAGUUCGUGACAACGAAACGAGGCCGAUGUGGAAUCGCCCCGAGCAGCGUUUUGCCUGGAGAUUCCGUGGAAAUUUUCAGCGGUGGCAAGGUGCCUUUCAUCUUGAGGGAUGGUUUGCAACCAGCUGGAGGGACCUUUCUGAUCGGACAGUGUUAUAUUGAUGGCAUAAUGUUUGGGGAAGCUGUCGAGGAAUUCAAGGGUCUGCGUGAGAUCCCAUAUUACAUAGAUCUUUCCUGA